AUGUUCCCAGUGUUUCUCUUCUCAGUGGCACUUAUCGAACAGUGGAACAAAGUAAAUCUUGCUCUAACUUCCAAAGUUCUUUUGUUUAUGUAUGGACUAACUUUUUCUGAGUUACAAAUAGGUGAAGAUGAUUUGAUUCCUUCUGGCAUUUUAAAUGAUUACAUAGCCCAGAGCUGGUACCGGUUUUUGAAAAAUCCAGUGAGCCUUACUAAACCAAAGGUGAUUAGUCAAACUGAGAAAUUUCUCCAGUUCGCUAUAAGUACGGAUGGAGUAGCUGAUUCUUGUCAGCAUUCAUGCUUACAGAGUUUGCCGCUUAUUUUUUUGAAGGCAAUUAAGGGGAUAGCUGGACAAGUAGAUGCUUUUUUGGGUAUACCCAAAACAUCGUCCACUUCGAGCAUCUUUUCGCUCACAUCCUUUAGUUCCGAACCGAAGACUCCGUUGGCACCGGGGCGAGCCAAAUGCAACACUAUACUUCACCUUUUUAGGGAGUGGCUCUUCGAAGCGGCUUUCAUUGGUUCUGAACUAUCCCAAAAAAACACUGGAGAACCCAAACGUCUCAACUCGUUUAUCAUGGAUGUCACUAAAAAUUCUACGUCUGAAAUCGGUAUUCAACCACAUAAAAUGUCUGAAUCAGCCUAUGGAACUACUCCCAAUGUUCUUGACAGUCCAACUAUUGUUCUUAAGAAUUCUACUACUAAGGAAAAUAGUUAUGUUAAUGAAAGGGAUGCCAUAAUCAGCGAAAUACCUACAUCUGAACCCAAUUGUACGAGGAGGAUUUAA